AUGCAUGCUACCAAAAAAUUUCUCGGCUCAAAAAUUGAACCACGUGAACCAUUGCAAAAUCCGCUCAAAAUUCAGUUAAAUAAAGAUAAUGUUACAAAUGGAAAACAUACUUUGCAAGUAGCAAUACUAACACUAUCAGAUCAAAAAUCAAUGAUAAAUAUGGAAUUAGAAAUAUUUGGUGAAGAUCUGAAUGGAUUUGAACGUCCGAAUCCACCGGUUGAUUAUGAUCGUGUGCGCAUUGCAUGUGUUCUUACUGAAAAUCAAAAGAUUGAUUGGACUACGCUAACAGUUUCCGAUGUUAUACAACAUACACUACUAAUCGGGAUUAAAAAGUCGGGGGACAAAUCGGGAUUAAAAAAACGUUUGUCGACCAUUUUGGAAAAAAAGUGUCGACAAUUGAAGGUCCGUCGAUGA